GGAGAACAAAGUAGUAAGGAUAGCCUGGGGCAGAGUCAGUCGGGCCUUUAGAGACAUCAACUAAACAUCAUGGCGGAUAAGGAGAAGAAGAAGAAGAAGAAGGUAAAAGAAGAGAAAGCUGAAGCCCCAGCUGAGGCUCCAGCUCCAGAGCCUGCACCUGAACCAGCACCAGCACCUGCCCCUGCCAAGAGGCCUUCAUCCAAGAGCAGCAAGAAGGCCAAGCGCUCUGGAUCUUCUGUCUUCUCCAUGUUCACUGAGUUCCAAGUGGCAGAAUUCAAAGAAGGUUUCUCCCUCAUGGACAAGGACAAGGAUGGUAUCCUUGGAAAAGAAGAUCUCAGAUCCACUUGGGACCAGGUCGGCAAGCUCGUCACUGACAAAGAACUUGAUGAAAUGCUUGCUGAAGCACCUGGACCAGUCAACUUCACCCAGUUGCUGACACUCUUCGCCCAGAGGAUGUCUGGAGGGUCUGACCCCGAUGAUGUCAUCAGAAAUGCAUUCAAAGCAUUCGACAAAGACGGCCUCAUCAGCAGUGAAGUUUUAAAACAUGCUCUUUUGACUUGGGGAGACAAGUUCACCAAGAAGGAAGUCGCUGAUGCCUUUGAUGCCAUGGACAUUGAUGACCAAGGCAUGAUUGACACUGAAGGUCUCAUUCAGAUGCUCAUCGGUGGUGCUGAUGAUGAAUAGAAGUUAACUUCUUUUCUGUUCAGUGACCCUCUGAUAAAUGAAUUGAAAAAUAAAAUAAAAUAAAAAAAAUUAAUAUCAAGCAAGAUUAUAAUUUAUUACAGUACUAUUUAUAAUUAAUCUUAAGUAUGACCAUUAGGUGAAACAAUAAAGAGAACAACCUCUUUAUCUUGGUUAUUUAAAACCUUUAACACCUGUAUUUUUUUUUUUAUAAAAAGAAAAAAUCUUUUGUCCG